UAUUAUAACAUUUUUAAUAAUUUUUAAAAUAUAUUCCAAGUUUCACUGUUUGAAAUUGUUACCUUUCUUUAAAACUAAUUGAAAGUUGUAAAGUUCAUUUAAGCUCUUUAUUAUUUGUGUAUGCAAGUAGUCCAGUUUAAUUUUGUGAUAAGUAAAAUGGUGAACAAAUAUGUUGAAAAACAAUGAUGACGUCACAAUAAUAGUCAACAUUUGAUCGGAGAUCAAUGAUACAAUCCAAGAACCUUACAUUAAAUCAGUAAUUAGAAUGGGUGGUGCAGUGAGUUCGGGCCGAGACAAUAAUGAGCUAGUCGAUAACUUAGUGAAUGGACAUUACAUUCGAACUAGGAAGGUGGAGAAUGUAUUUCGCGCUCUCGAUCGGGCGGAUUACAUGACACCAGAGGCGAGGGAUCAAGCCUAUAAAGACCUUGCUUGGCGGAACGGUCCACUACACUUGUCAUCUCCAUGUAUAUAUAGUGAGGUGAUGGAGGGAUUGGAGCUGAGGACUGGCCUGUCAUUCCUUAAUGUUGGUUCCGGGACUGGAUACCUUAGCACCAUGGCCGGAUUGAUCAUCGGAUCCACUGGCAUCAGCCAUGGAGUGGAAAAUAAUCCUGCAGUUGUAGAGUAUGCUGUCAAGAAGCUGUGCCAGUUCAUUGAGAAAUGUGCUGCUCUAGAUGAUUUUGAUUUCUGUGAGCCAAAGUUUUACUGUGGCAAUGGACUGUGCUUAGCUCCUCUGCAGUCGGGGUACGACCGUGUCUACUGUGGCGCCGCCUGCCCUCCGGAUUAUGAGAAUUACUUCAAGAAUUUAAUUAAGGUCGGCGGUGUGCUGGUGUUUCCUCUGAACGACACCCUGCAACAGGUGAAGCGUGUGUCGGAGGACAAGUGGGUCUCCCGCGAGCUGCUCAACGUGUCCUUCGCCACUCUGCACAUGCCGCACCGCGACCUACCUCCCGACAGUGUGCGGCUGGGUCAGUUAACACUGUUAUUAUCUGUUGAUAGCGACCAUGAGAUGAUUCCCUUUUUUUUUAAUGAUAAUAACGGACGAGACGAGCAGGACAUUCAGCUGAUGGUAAUUGAUACACUCUGCCCAUUACAAUGCCGCUCAGGAUUCUCGAAAAAGCCAAAAAUUCUGAGUGGCACUACAAUUGCGCUUGUCACCUUGAGACAAGAUGUGAAGUCUCAUUUGCCCAGUAAUUUCACUAGCUACGGCGCCCUUGAAACCGAAACACAAUAAUGUUUACACAUUACUGCUUCACGGCAGAAAUAGGCGCCGUUGUGGUACCCAUAAUCUAGCCGACAAAGGAGACUCCCACUGGUAAAUAAAUAGUGUCUCACGUGGAACUCGAAGCGAACGAAAUCACCUAAUUAAAUUAGCGAUGCCCCGUUAUUACGUUGACUUAAAAGUAGAGUCAACACUAUCUACCCGUUUUUACAUAAUUUAAGUGGCAUUUUUAGUCACAAGUCUUUAAGUAACGAAUGACUAUUAAAUUUUUACGAAAAAGAGGAUUGAAAGCCAUAAAUUAAUGCUUUAUUUCUAAUCAAUAAAACCCAAGACUUUUAACUUAACUUGUGGUCCGCCGAGUUCUUCAGAAUACCCCACCGUAGUAACCAGUCAUCAUCUCGUAUUGUCAUUACAUAGAAUAUAAAAUACUACUUACAAGUGAAAGUGGCGUGCAUCUAUCGUGCUUGUGGCUCCAUUAUGCGGAGGUUUGCAACAUUGGCUCAGUCGCGGUAAGCUACGUUAUGCGACAACAUGUCUCGAUCGUAACGAAAAAUAUUA